AUGGCAGGCCGCAGUAUCGCGGACGCUAUCUCUCUAGUCGAGGACGAAGACGAAGACGAGAACGAGGCCGCAUAUCUGGCAGAUGAAGUGGAUGUGCAGGGAUAUGACGAUGUAGCUUCUGAAGAUGAUGAUGAACCUGACUAUGUGUUGAUUGACGAUGAUGACGACUUGUCUUCACCAGUACCAGCGCCAAUGACUCACUACCCGAUUCUUAAGGACUUUGAGCUCCCAUCACUCAGCCUGGAAUGUGGAGUUAUUCGUCCUGGCAGCGUGGUAGAACUGCAAGAUCGGUCCGGACGCGAAGCCAACGCUAUGAGAAGCGGGGACUUCCUGCUCGUCAGAGCCAUCAUCGAAAGCGUUGAGACAGAAGAAGUCGUGAUUCGCGGAUACCGCAUGAGGCGAUGUGCUUAUCUUUGGCCUCUGUUUGCAGGCCAGACGAAUGAACUGUUCAUGCUCAUUCACACUGACACCAAUGACGAUCGUCCGUCCUUUGUCCAAGGUCUCGAAGAGGUCGACAUCGAAGAGAUCGUAGGCUUGCGCAAGUGCCUAUUCACCAAUCUCCACUUCGACAUCUUAGGCUUGCAGCAAGCGAACACUGGCGUACCGGAACGUCUCUACAAGAACCUGAAAUCUCUUCACAAGGAACUAAGACCUCUUAGCAGGGAAAUGAAAGCUAUCAAGUCAUGGCUACUGAACAAGGGAACACUGAUAUGCCGGUGGGUCCAUGUCAUUGAAACAUAUGAUCGAACAUCCGGGACAUCCUACGCUGGCGAAGUACGACGCCUGUACAAGCGAGAAGCUGCAGACUUCUCAGGGUCUGGAAACCCAGUGUACUCCUCAACAAGCGAUUCUAAGACGCCUACGCCAAUACCUUCACCCUCUAAGGCGACAUCUGUACAAUCUCCAUCCUCAGCUCACAAGCGUGUGAGGUCCUUAGAGAUAGUUGAUCCCCCAGCGUCAAAACGCUGUCAGCGACUCCCACAGAAGAGCACGGAAUACACAAUGGGUGAUGGCUUUUGCGGUUGUGGUGGGGCAACCUGUGGUGCUAUGCAAGCAGGACUUAAAGUCGUUUGGGGGUUAGAAAAGGACGAGAUGGCCAUGAGAGCCUACAGAAAGAAUUUUCCUGCGGCAAUCCAUCUAGAAAUGGAUGCUUGGGAUUUUCCUGACAUCGCCAAGCGCUGCAUCCACGGCGUAGACCUUUUACACUUUUCCUGUCCAUGUCAAUAUUGGAGCGAUAAUCACACGGUUGAUGGUGUAAACGACCAAGCCAACAUGGAGACCAUCUAUAUUCCGUACGGCUGGCUGCUGAGGUUGAAGCCUCGUCUGUUCUCUAUGGAGCAGGCGCCUGGCCUUAUCAGAAAAGCGAAACACCGACUCCACUUUCGCCGACUGCUGAACGACUUCAUAUCUCUGGGUUACAAUGUCCGUUACCGAGUACAAAACCAAGCUUGGCUCGGUUUGGCCCAACAACGAAGAAGACUUGUAUUCGUUGGUGCUAAGAUCGGGCAGCCAUUGCCACCAUUUCCGCAGCCGGAGCAUGGCCCUACUAGUACGGGUCUUAAACGAUUUGUGACAAUCGAAGAUGCGUUGCAACCGUUGAUGCGAGUUGAGAAUCGUUUAGCAAACAACAAGUACCACCGGAAGCAUCGAGAAAAGAGUAUGAACGUACCCCCCAUUGAUCCUCAUAUCUCCAUGGCAAACUGCAUCACGACAAACGGGGGUGACAAUGCUCAUUACUCGGGCCAGCGUGCAAUGACAGUCAUGGAACUGGCUCAACUUCAAGGUCUUGGUCUACAAGCCCAGUUCGCGGGAUCUGUUACUGAGGCCAAGAGGCAAUGCGGUAAUGCCUGGGCACCGACGUCAAACAAGAAAUACUUUCUCCUGUGGGCGGCAACCCUCGAGGCAUUCGAUAACGGCCUCAUCGAAGCAGAGGAUGACAUUACGGAUCUGUAUGAUUUUCUGGAGCAAAAGGGUAUCAAAAUUGCGAGGCCGAUUAUUGACCUUGACGGUAUCUCAGCGCUUGAUGGUGCUGUGUCUGCUCAACCUCAGUAUCGCUAUCUGUCACGGCUGGAGAAGGCAGUGAAGCCCAGGGUUCCUUUGAUCUUGUGGUCACGCAAAGCUGAUGUACCGCAUCGACCUCCAAGGGUCAGAAGAGCAGCGAUAAUCUCAUCGGCCGGCUUAGAUGGCAUAACAGACACCCGACGCUCACAUACUAUCGAUCAGGCCUCGGUCACGACCGACAACUCAGCUAGAAGAUGA